AUGGGUGAUAUUCUAGACGCUGGUGCGGCUUCAAAGCUGUUUACUCCUCUCGACAUUGGCAAUGGAAAGAUCCAUCUCAAGCAUCGCGUUAUUCAUGCGCCUCUUACAAGAAACCGGGGUACGCCGGUGAAUCCCGAGUCGACGCCUGAGAACCCCAAUCGCCUCUGGGUUCCCAACGAUUUGAUAGCAGAGUACUAUUCUCAGCGCGCAACAGAUGGUGGACUUAUAAUCUCUGAGGGUCUUCCCCCUUCACUCGAGGGAAAUGGUAUGCCGGGUGUUCCUGGCAUCUUCCUUUCAGAGCAGGUCCAAGGCUGGAAGAAGGUUGUUGACGCAGUUCACGCAAAGGGGGGUUACAUCUACGCUCAGCUGUGGCACUCUGGUCGCGCCAACAUCCUCCAGUUGACUGGCACUCCUAUCCUGGCUCCCUCGGCUAUCCCUUGGGAUGAUCCCGAGGAAACUUACCCUUACCCGCCUCCUCACACCACCACGCCAGUCAAACUCGCGGACUACCCUCCUGUUGAGAUGUCUGUCGAGAAGAUCAAGAGCACCAUCCGUGACUACGUCAACGCUGCAGAGAAUGCAAUGGAAGCUGGCUUCGACGGCGUGGAAGUCCACGGUGGAAACGGCUACCUCGUCGAGCAGUUCUUAUCUUCCAACAUCAACAAGCGAACUGACUCCUACGGCGGCUCAGAGGAGAAGCGCUGCACCUUUGCACUGGAGCUCAUGGAGGAGCUGGCAAAGGCGAUCGGUCAAGACAACCUAGCCAUUCGUCUCACACCAUUCGGUCUCUUCAACCAAGCCCGCGGUGAACAGCGCGUAGAAACAUGGGGCCAUCUCUGCCGCGAGCUGAAGAGCCGCCUCCCCAACCUAUCCUACGUCAGCUUCGUGGAACCUCGCUAUGAGCAGAUCUUCUCCGAAGUCGAGAAGCAGAAGUUCCUCGGUUCGUGGGGGCUGCCGACCGUUGACCUGUCGCUUUUCCGGUCCAUCUUUGGCGAUACGCCUUUCUUCUCCGCGGGUGGCUUUAACGAUGCUAACUCGUGGGGUGUGCUUGAGAGUGGUAGAUAUGAUGGUCUGCUUUAUGGGCGAUACUUUAUCAGCAACCCUGAUCUUGUUGAGAGGUUGCGGAAUGGAUGGCCACUUCAGGCGUAUGAUAGGACUACGUUCUAUGGGCCAUUGAAGGAUAACGUUGCAGGUUACACUGAUUAUCCUUUUUAUAAGAUUAAGGGCUGA